GGAAAAUCCUUUUGCGAAAUUAUGAGUUUGCAAAAUCUUUAGAAAAAUGGAUAGUAUAAAAGGGACCCCAAUACUAAGGCAUUUAGUUUCAGGGAGAGAGCUACUAGACGGUAACUACACAAUUAAAUUAUGUCUCUGGAAACUGCAGUAUUAGAAAUUCAUGGAGGACAACCCCUAAAUGGAGCUGUCGCUAUAUCUGGCGCAAAAAAUGCCAUUUUGCCAUUAAUGGCCGCUACUGUGCUAACAGAUAAACCUGUCGUUUUUAGCAACGUUCCACAAAUCAGCGAUGUGGUUUUCAUGAAAAAGUUGUUAGCCAGUCAUGGUGUAUCGGUAGAUAUUGACCAAAAUCGGAUCACUGCGACAAACCCACGUCCAAUACCCGACGACCCAACAAUAAGCGGCAAAUUCCGAGCAUCAGUUUUGCUGCUGGGGCCAUUGCUUGCGAGGCUUGGUCAUGCAAGAAUAUAUCUCUCUGGUGGGGAUGAUAUUGACAGCCAAGGGCGCCCGGUUGAUUUUCACGUAACAAAUUUGGAAAGUUUGGGGGCAACCGUGAGUCCGCCAAUCAGAGCCUCCUUAGCAGAGCCUCCUUAUAUCGAAGCGUUUGCACCUUCUGGUAAUAUAUUUGCCUAAAACAACUAACUUUAAUUAUACUGAAUAGUUCUAAGCAGGCUGUUCUCUCUAGACUGUAUCAUAAGGGACAUCCCUUAUUUGGUCCAGUGUUAUUGCAGAAAGAAGCUAGAUUCGUGAAGAAAACUUGUAGUGUUUGAUUGGCUAUAGAGUCAAACUAGGAGCAGUUGGAAUUUUACUCAGUGGCCCGUGUUGACUCUUGUUCGUCAGGGGAGGCCACAUCAAAAUUUGGCGUCCAUCGUUGUAAAUUUAAUCCUUUACUCAUUUGGCCAAUUUUUAGGUAGAAUUGACACAUUUUGGUUUCAUUUCAUGCAGUUUCGGUGCCCCCUAAUGGCUUUUGCGGCCCCAUAUGGACAUGCCCCCUCCCCCUUGCCAGCACGCCACUGAUCCUACUACAACAAAUGCCAGUGGCAGAGGUGAAGGUUCUUACUCGACCAACUGAAAAACAUUUUUAGAAUUAAGCAAGUAUUUUUAUAAUUCACAGGUCUUACAGCUCCCAGACAACCAUUAGUUUUAGCAAAAGUAUCUGUUGGUGCCACCCAAAACACCAUCAUGGCUGCUUGCGUUGCAAGUGGAACAACUACCAUAAAAAAUGCAUCCAUUGAGCCAGAAACGUUGGAUUUGAUUAAACUGUUGAAAUCUAUGGGCGCCGAAAUAGAAGUUGACAAAACUCAACGCAAAAUUAAAGUCACAGGCAAAGACAUCGCUACUUUCAACAGACGUACCAUUUCUCACACAGUAAUUCCAGAUAGAAUCGUAGCGGGGACAUAUGCAAUCGCCGCUGUAAUCACAGGUAAUGAUAUAAAUUGGUAUAUUUGACUUUCAAAUAGGUGGGAUUAUCGUACAGCAUGCGGUAGUCACAGCCUGUUGAUAUCAGCGCCAGAAAAUAAUAUUAAUAAUUCUUGUCAUUAUAUAUAGUAAUUUUGUAUUUGGUAGGAAAUAAAUAGAAUUGAAAUGUACAUAAGCGUACGGAAGGAAAAAAUUAGGGAAGGGCAAGGGGGAAAAUGAAAUUUGCACGACUUUGUUGCAUUUUCCCUGCUAAAGUUGUAAAAUUAUUGGUGAGGAGGGGGGGAGGGGGGGGGCAAAAAUUUUUAAAGGGCUUAUAAUAAUGUUUAUUUAUUUUAUCAAAGGGCUUAUAAAAAUGUUUGGGCACAUUACUAUCUCUUGCAUUGACUAUUAUCUUACAUAUUUUUUGUUGUUCAAUUUAUUUCCCCCUAACUUGCAUUUAAAAUUUGCUUGUUACUACAGUUAGUUCUGGGAACAAUUCGUGGCUGAUACUUUCCUCACAGUUCGUCUAAUGUGUAUUCAUGCACGUAUUGGUAAAGCCGAGAUCAUCCGUCAAGACACCGCUGGGAUAUUUUACAUGUUCAAAGCCAGUUUUCCACUUCAACCGUCCCGUACCGAAACGUGCUGGUGAGCAUGCGUAGAUUGAAAAGAAGUUAAUAAGUCCACGUACUUCCGGGUGUAUUUGCGUAUCAAAAUAAAAAGUUCGUUGCAAGUCAACUUUUUGGUGUAAUACAGAAGUAUUAACCAAUCAACAUUCACUAAAUUUUGAAAUUUAAAAAUGUUUUUGAUACGCUUCGGUACGGUACGCUUCAAGUGGAAAAACUGGCUUUACACUACGCUCACUUUUGGUACCUGUACAAUUUUUAUCCAUGCUUGGGCUAUUUACAAUGGCCGAGAACGGAUACAUUUUGGUAGUGGUACUAAUUUUAUUCGUGCCGUACCAAAAAUUGAGCGUAGUAUAAACGGGGCCGGCUUCGUUUCUCACGAUGCCUAAAUUAGAUGGGAUGGACUGUAUCCUUGACCACAUUUUAACUACUUUCAGGUGGAAACAUUGAACUGCAGAUGGGAAAUUUCCCAGAUAAAACUAUCCUGGACCUACAAGAAGCAGAAUUCUGGCGUUUGCUUGCAGCUGGAGUGGAUAUCACACGCACACGAAACGGAAUUCGCGUUUCACGAAAACGAAACCCCUCUACUGGUCAGCUGGUUCCGAUCAAACCUGUGAGAGUUGUGACCAGACCUUAUCCCGGGUUCCCUACCGAUCUUCAUCCUCAAUGGGCUGCCCUCAUGUGCUUCGCUAACGGGCAAUCGUGGAUAGAUGAAACCAUUUUUGAUAAGCGGUUUAACUACGUGGAACAACUGCAAGAAAUGGGUGCCGCCAUCAAUCGCGAUCAAUCCAACAGAAAGAGGGUUAACGUGGUUGGAAAUGCACAGCUGACAAGAUCUUUGCAGGUAAUUUUCUAGUUUGUGUUCUAGUUCAACGGUGUAGGAGAUUAGAACACAAUCGGGGUGGAAGAUGAAUAUUGAAUACUAAAGUAGUCUGAAUAUGAAUAUUAAGAGUAGGAAUCUAUGAAUAUCCUCUUCCUUCCCCCCCCCCCCCGUCGACAAGUUUUUUUUUAGGAAUUUUUAAAGUAGGAAUAUGGUUGGAAUAUUAAAUAUAUUUAGGGGAAAAUAUUCCUCUUCCACUUCCGAAACAUAGGCUAGUAAUUCGCUUCGGUAAAAAACAAUGGAUUUUGGCAUGAUGAAGCGAGCGUCCAAUGACACCACUUCCCUAAUAUGAUUAGCUCUUCCUAUCCUCUUCUCUAUCAUAUCAAUCCUCCUCUUUCCUAUCUAUCCUCCUCUUUCCUAGCUAUCCUCUACCUAUCCUCUUUCUAAUCCUCAUUUACUCUAAUUUGAUCCAGGUCUAAUUUAAUCUUGUUUUUCAGCCUACAGUCACUGUUGAGGCUGGUGAUAUUCGAGCUGGUGCAGCUCUAAUACUGGCAGCUCAUGCCAGAAAUGGGAUCACUAAAAUCAAAGGCUUGCAUCACGUCGAACGAGGAUAUGAAGAUUUCGUGAAUAAGUUCACAUCUUGCGGUUCUCGAAAUCGCAUGUUCUUUGAGUGAUACCUUCAGUUCAUAUACUUGCCCGUUUAACUUGCAUGCAUUACAUACUUUAUAAACAUCCUGAUAAUUAAUAAUAGCUAUAGAUUUGAGACCGUUACAAGGUUGUUGUAGGAAGGUCGGAUAAGACACAUCCACCGGGUAAUGAUUUUUUAAGCCUUUUAAAAUUGGCUGUCGUAAAUUAAAGUUUAAAUAAUAUUAAUAAGUUCUUUGUAGUUUUGUUUGUGGAAGUAACAAUAGUUUUGUUUGUGGAAACACCACGUAAAUUUAUUACUGCAAAGCUUUCGAUCCGUAAGCCCGGAUCUUCGUCAGUGCUAAUAAUAUGUCCACAUAUUAUUAGCACUGAUGAAGAUCCGGGCUUACGGAUCGAAAGCUUUGCAGUAAUAAAUUUACGUGGUGUUUCCACAAACAACAGUAUUAAAUAAUAUUAUAGUAGUUUUGUAAUUCGGGCACUUUUAACUGUAAAACAGAUUUUUGAUAUUGUCUUUGCUAUUAAAUGUUUGUAUUCUAUAUAA